GAUGUUGCGGUAUCUGUGCUGAAGCAUUCAGAUGUUUGGUUAAUAAUGUUCUUAUCAAAUCAAAUUACAUGCACCGAACACAAUAUGUCUCUGUAUCCGUCCACUGGAGACCCUAGUCAGUCCAUUAGCCACUAUUACACAAGCACUCAUACUGGAAUUGUGAUGACUCCAUAUUUGGAAACGACGAGCUUAUCGGGUGUGGAAAUCUCCACCGCACUUAAACUUGUUAAUGCACAUUACAUGACUUCGGCGAUGAAUCCGAUUCCGACGUCAAGCAGUUUUAAAUCAGCGAUGUCGUCUGUCAGUAAUGGAACGUCAUUGGAGCCAAUGGUUCGUUUGACCUGUUACAGCUGCAGUGGCACAGGAUGUGGACAGGAGCGCCAACAAUACGAUCCUUUAAGGCAGUGUGCAGCCGGAGAAUUCUGCUAUUUUGAAAUUAUCAUCGACGGCAUGAUGAGUGUAUACACACGCGGCUGUGUCAGAGCUGGUGACGUGACCUGCCAAAAGGCUAGCGACAAGUUCAGCUGUCGGCAGUCCAGGAGAGACAUGAUAUGUCGACUAUGCUGCCAAUACAAUAAGUGUAACUCCAUGGCGUGGAUACCCCCGAACACCACUACAUCUUUGACCUCAGGAAUUGCCACAGUUAUUGUAGUCAUUAUCGUAACGCUCAUGUGACCGGAAAUGACGAUUUAUUGGAAUCGGUCUUAAUAUAGGUGCACACGAUGCGUUGGUUGUGUUAAUUGAGAACAAUUUAUCAGUAUGUCCUUUAUUUGAAAAACUGAUUCAUUUCUAUCAUUGUCUUCUUGGUUCAUGUGUUUCAAUGUAGUCUCGAGAAAUAGCUCAUGUUGAUGGUCACAUAUACAAUGGUCUCGUAAUACCACUACAUAAUUCAAUUACUGAAAGUAAAAACUCCCACUACCUGCGGACCUUGUUUCGUCAUCAAACACUACCUAAAAUCUUGGUUGUAAAAUUAUUCUGUUAUUUUAAAGAAUUCAAUGAUAUAAAACUAUGGGAAAAAUUCUUUGACAAUUUGUAAUGAU